CGAGAGCGCGGGGCGAUAGCGCGGGCGAGAGCGACGUGGCGCGAUCUGACUGGUCCACGUGUCGCGAUCUGAUUGGUCCACGUGUGCUAGCCGUUGCAACUAGCCGUUUUUGACCGUUUGGAGUCCAAAAAAUUCGAAAAAAAUUGCAAAAAAUUACAAAUUUCAUCCCCAAUCCCUCUAUAUAUAUCCCUACCCGGGUGGAGCUCAUUUCACACACCAUUUCAUCUCAUUUCUCUCUUCCAAACUCGCCUUUUCUACUCAUCUUCACGUCAUGUCUUCCUCGAGCACAAACUCAAGUGAAGGAGCCGAAGGGGGAAUGUGCAAUGCAUUGCAAGCAGCCAUGGAGGAGGCUAUGCUCAACCUCAAUGAAGAGUCGUCGAGCAGGCCCAAGCGUCGUCGACGCUACAUCAAUCGUGAUCGUGAGUCUGCCCAUGAUCGGCUUCAUCAAGACUACUUCGCCGAUGACUGUGUGUAUCCUCCAAAUUACUUUCGGCGUAGGUAUCGCAUGAGGCGACAACUUUUUUUGAGUAUUAUGCUUAGAUUAGGUGAAUACUCUCCGUAUUUCACCCAAAGAGAAGAUGCUCUGGGUCGACUCGGGCUCUCUCCCCUACAAAAGUGCACCGCAGCUCUGCGCUUGUUAGCCUAUGGAUCCGCUGCAGAUUCGAUAGAUGAGUACUUAAAGCUAGCUAGAUCAACUGCAUUAGAGUGUCUAGAGAAGUUUUGUGAGGGUAUCAUUCAUUGUUAUGAGGAGGAGUUCUGUCGUCGACCAAAUGUCGCGGAUAUUCAGCGUCUACUAGCAAAAGCAGAAGAGCGUGGCUUUCCAGGCAUGCUAGGAAGUAUCGAUUGUAUGCAUUGGCAGUGGAGGAAUUGUCCGGUCGCCCAUGCCGGUCAAUUCACAAGGGGGGAUAUCAAACAUCCCACCAUCAUCUUAGAAGCUGUUGCAUCGUAUGAUCGGUGGAUCUGGCAUGCUUUUUUUGGGGUGGCCGGGUCCAACAAUGACAUUAACGUACUGAAUCAGUCGCCAUUAUUCAAGGAUGUCCUUCAAGGUCAAGCACCCAUAGUGAACUUCAUGGUUAAUGGACAUGAACACAAUAUGGGAUACUAUCUUGCCGACGGCAUCUACCCUUCCUGGCCGGUGUUCAUCAAGGGUAUUCCGCUUCCACAAAGUGAGAAACAUCAGUUAUUCACAAAUGCUCAAGCAGCAUGGCGCAAAGAUGUUGAGUGCGCUUUUGGAGUGUUGAAAUCUCGGUUCAACAUUAUAGCAGUUCCUGGACGUUCUUACUCUCAACGUACUCUUGGUUUGAUCAUGCGUGCAUGUGUCAUUUUGCACAAUAUGAUCAUCGAUGACGAGCGUGAUGCCGAUUUAGACGAGACAUAUGAGACAGUUGAUUCUACAGUCGGCCCGUCGAUCUACUACAAUGCAACCCCGAGCCUAGCAGCUAGGAUUCAAAUGGACAACGAGAUGACGGACACAUCGAUGUAUACACAACUACUAAAUGAUUUGGUUGAACAUGUAUGGGGACAUAAUAAUCAUUAGAUUUAUGUAAUUUUCUAUUAAUUAUUAUGUAUUUUUAAAUCGUCAUGUAAUUUUAUUUUAAUUAUUACGCAAUUUGUAAUUUUUAAUUCAAUAAAAAUAUUAUGUUGUGUGUUUUCUGAGCGUUGAAAUAAAUCCGCGUGAAUUACUUAAUUCUGAAAUAGAAAAGCUGAUGUGGCUAUAGCCUGAGGCUGUAGCCUGCUGCAGCCUGUGCACUGGAGCAGCAGAGGCGAGAGUGGAGGCGAGAGCUGACGUGGCAGUGGCGAGAGGGAGGCUGUGCACUGGACUCAGCC